AUGGCGAGGCAUCGUUCCCGUUCAGUAUCGCCGCGUCCGAGGGAUAGGCUCCGCGAGCCCGAGCGGGAGAGAGACAGAGAUAGGCGGGACAGGAAGUAUCCCAAGCACGAUUCAGACUCAGAGGACGACAAACGGAGGUCGCGUCGGACGAGGAGCCGCAGCCGUGACGCUGAUGACGGAGGUCGUCGUAGGCAGAGGAACAGGAGUGCAAGCGAGGAGAGGGAAAGAAAGAAACGCAAACGCGACAAGUCUGCCGACAGAAAGGCGCGGAAGGCUGAACAAAAGAGGGCCAAGGAGGAGGAAGAGGCUCGUCAAGUAGCGGAGCUCAGUGUCUACAGUGCUACGGAUAACCCCUUCCAUGACGUCAACCUCAGCCAACAAUUCCGCUGGCAUAAGAAGAAUGAGAAGGAGCGCAAGCAAGGCUUGUCCCUCGAAGAGGCGCAGAGGAGGGAUGCCAUCCGACGGCAGGAGGCAAAGGAGGAACUGGAGCGCUUGAACAGGAGGCGUGCGGAACGAGAGGCAGAGCAAAGGUUACGGGAGGAGGAGGAAGUGAGAAUGCAGAGGCUGGCGGAGUCUGUGCAGAUGGCUGACUGGCUCUCGAAAGAAGAGGGCUUCCAGUUGGAGCAGGAGCGCAGGCGUGCCGCAAUCCGCAUCAAGGAGAAGAGAGCCAAGGCUGUCGACUUCUUGGCCCUCAAUCUGCGAUAUGUCAAUCCUCCUGACGAGGAAGCUGAACAGGAAGAUGACGAUGGCCUGGAGAUUGACUUGGAUGAGCCGUAUAACAUAAUUGACAGUCUUUCGCCGGAGCAAGUAGAGGAAUUGCACGACGAUAUUGAGAGAUAUCUUGGGCUAGAACAGUCAGAAGUCAAUAUCGAAUUCUGGACGAACAUGAUGGUCAUAUGCAAAGAUCAGUUGGACCGAAUCACAGCCAACAAACGCUUGGGCGUGGAGGCCGCCGCGGCUGUAGAAGCCGAUAUUACUGCAGUCCUUCAAGGCAAAUCUUUCGAGCAUCUGCUCGUGCUCCAGAAGCAGGUUCAGGCUAAGCUUACUAGUGGUGAACCUAUUGACACCGACUACUGGGAGAGUUUACUGAAGAAAAUGCUCGUCUGGAAAGCAAAGGCUAAGCUCAAGACUCUCCACGAGGUGGUCGUACGCAACCGUCUAGAGCAACUUCGCAAACGGCAGCGCGACGAGGCUUUGCAAGCCCAAGAAGAACUGCUUGCUGGUGUUGCCAAGUCAGCGUCUAGAAAUGACGGGCGGCAUGUCGUCCCUGUUGUUGACAAUGAGCAGCAAGAGGCUGUUGCGGCAGAAGAUGUCGAGGAGUAUCACAGAUCAAUGAGCCCGGAGCUCCUUGACAUCAGGCGAUUGCCCUACGAGGAGCGGCAAAUUGAUAUUGUUACUGCCAAGGAGGACCUGCGUGCACUCAUGGAACAACGGCGUGCGGUUGCAGCUUCUCGCUUUGUGCCAAAGACCGCACAAGCCCCUGUACAGGAGCAUCAUGACGAGGAGGCUUCCAGUAAUGCGGAUCUUGCCUCCGAGGCUCUAUACCGUGCAGAAGCCGAGCGAGAGCUGGACGAAGAGGAAGAGCUGUUCAACGUUGAGGAGAAUAUUACCCACCCGACAUCUUACAACUGGGAGGAUAAAUAUCGACCUCGUAAGCCUCGCUACUUCAAUCGCGUGCACACGGGGUAUGAAUGGAACAAGUACAACCAAACACAUUACGAUACGGAUAAUCCCCCACCAAAGGUUGUACAAGGAUACAAGUUCAACAUAUUCUACCCCGACCUCAUCGAUAAGUCGAAGGCACCUACGUACAAAAUUGUCAAAGAGCCCGGAAACGACGAGACUGUGCUCCUGCAUUUCAGCGCCGGCCCUCCAUACGAAGACAUUGCGUUCCGGAUUGUCAACAGGGAAUGGGAGUUCUCUCACAAACGUGGAUUCCGAAGCAGCUUCGAUCGGGGAUGUUUGUCGCUCUGGUUCAACUUCCGUCGUAAUUUCUAUCGGAAGUGA